GCGGCCGGAGCCCGGCGGCGGCGGCGGCCGAGCCCGGCUGCGGGAGCCGGAGGCGGCAGCAGUGGCGGCGGCGAUGUGAGGCGAGGCUGAGGCCCAGGCGAGGCGGCGCCAUGUCGGGCUGCGUGUGGGGCGCGGCGCCGCCGCCGCCGCUGCUGCUGGAGGCGCUGGGCCGGCUGUGGGAGGUGCAGGCGCCGCUGGGCAGCGGCUCCUCGGCCUCCGUGUACCGGGUGCGCUGCUGCGGGGACCCGCGGGCCCCCCCGGGCGCCGUCAAGGAGUUCGUGGCUCCCCCGGCGCGGCCCGGCCCCGCUCGGCGCCCCGCCGCCCGCCCGGCCGCCGCCGCCGACUGCGCCGAGUACGGGUUCCGCAAGGAGCGGGCCGCCCUCGAGCACCUCCGCGGCCACCGCAACAUCGUGACGCUGUACGGCGUGUUCACCAACCACUACUCUGCGAACGGCCCGUCUCGCUGUCUCCUGCUGGAGCUGCUGGACAUCAGCGUGUCCGAGCUGCUGCUGCACUCCAGCAACCAGGGCUGCUCCAUGUGGAUGAUCCAGCACUGUGCCCGAGAUGUUCUGGAAGCCCUGGCUUUCCUGCACCACAAAGGCUAUGUGCACGCGGACCUCAAGCCACGCAACAUCCUGUGGAGCGCGGAGGAGGAGUGCUUUAAGCUCAUUGACUUUGGACUAAGCUUCAAAGAGGGGAAUCAGGAUGUGAAGUAUAUUCAAACAGACGGGUAUCGGGCUCCAGAGGCAGAACUGCAGAACUGCCUGGCACAGGCAGGGCUCCAGAGCGAGACGGAGUGUACCUCUGCUGUGGAUCUGUGGAGUCUGGGAAUCGUUUUACUGGAAAUGUUCUCAGGAAUGAAACUGAAACAUACAGUCCAAUCUCAGGAAUGGAAGGCAAACAGUUCUGCCAUCAUCGACCGCAUUUUUGCCAGUGAAGGGGUGGUUAAUUCAGCCAUUCCAGCUUAUCACCUCAGAGACCUUAUCAAAAGCAUGCUUCAUUGUGACCAAGGAAAGCGAGCCUCCGCUGAAAAGGCUUUAUGCAGCCCGUUCUUCAGCAUUCCCUUUGCUCCCCAUAUCGAAGAUUUGGUGAUGCUCCCCACGCCUGUGCUGAGGCUGCUAAACGUUCUAAGCGAUGCUUCUCUGCAGAGCGAAGAAGAAUAUGAAGAUAUCCUGGAAGACAUAAGAGAGGAGUGUCAGAAAUACGGACCGGUGGUUUCCUUGCUUAUUCCAAAGGAGAAUCCUGGUAAAGGCCAAGUCUUUGUUGAAUAUGCAAACGCUGGCGAUUCCAAAGCUGCCCAAAAAAUGCUGACUGGAAAGAUUUUUGAUGGCAAGUUUGUUGUGGCUACGUUUUACCCACUGAGUGCCUAUAAGAGAGGAUAUCUGUACCAAAACUUGCUGUAGGCAGUAGCAACAAUCAGGAGAGUUGUCUCGCUCCUCUUCCUCACGUGUUUUACAGUUGAAUGUACAAAAGAGCUUCCUAGCCCUGCUUCUGAGUCAUCUGUAACGAAGAGAUGCGAAGGACUAAGACGGGCUUUGAAACCUUUACUGCUGCUUUGUGAUGUGCAGAGGAGGCCUGGAUGGCUUUAAGCGUGUGCUUGUGUGUGUGUCGUGCUUGCUCGUUUACAUUAGACGCGUGGCUUCGCCUGCCCCGGCAGGCGCUCGGGUGCCGAGGGUGACCGUGGGAGCCUUGGAGGCAGAGCAGGUCUUGGCAAGCACUCGGAAGCGAUGGAAAUAAGACCGCUGAAACCUCGGCCUUAGCGCCUGGUUUGCUCAGGGGAGAGCAAAAGGCUCUGGCUUUGAGUCUUGGCGUCCCCCAGAGCAGAAGGCAGCGGUGAGAUCAGAUCCGCUGAGCCUGCGGCGCUGCCCGGUCCCCGAGGGGAGCCGCGCGUCUCUCCUGGCACAAACGGCGUGCUGGGCUCGGGGAGCGAGCCGUGGUGAGCGGAGCUUGGGUGCGUGGGUGGGCAGGGGCUGACUGGCUGGGGAUAAACGCCCUCAGAGCGGCGCCGGCCUCAGUCCCAACACAACCUGGGAGCGCUUUGUAGCCUGAGGUGAUGUGAAAGCUCUGUCGCAUGGAGUCAUCUUUCUAGCCUGUACCCUGUGCUGGCACUGAUGCUCUGAGCUCUGAUGCCAAAUCAUCUGUAUGUGAGUGUCUGUAGGUGAUAUUUUUGGAAAGGAGCGUGACAGCGCGCAGUAUUCUUUGUGUCUCAGCAGGGCUUCUGCCUGCGAGUCUUAGGAGAAAUAACAAAUAUUUAUCUGUUGUAGGUUCCACGCUUGGCUUUUCCGUGUUGUGCAUUUUAUUUUUGCAUUAACCCAUUAGACUUGUUGUAGAUUAGAAGCACUGACACUUUUGGUCCUUCAGAGGUUACACAAAGGGCCUGAGGCAACCUGAGAUCCUGUUUGGAAAGGGCUGGGCCGGUAACCAGACUUACCUGGCCAGAUUCACGUCUUUCCCAGUGUCGGGGCAACAGCCACGGUGGGUUUUUGGGACAAGAACCUGGGCGAGCAGCAUCCCUGCUCCCCCCGAGCGCUCUCCCUGCUCACGUGGCUCUAAAGCACAGGCAGAAGAUCUCUAACACUGCUGAAAUACUUGAGGGCAGCUGCCUAAACUGCCUCUGACCUUCCCUGGAGUAAUAACCCCAAUUACUUUGCAGUUUACUUCCUCGUGGUUUACUUCUCGCUUCUAGCUGAUGCUGGACUUGCUGGAAUCCUGCACUUAAGUGGUCCUCUUGGUUUUUGCCCUGCGUGCGUGCGUGCAGCGCGUCGGAAGAACCGAUGUCUGUAGUAUUUCACGGGUGUCCGUGCUGGCGUGGAGUCCUGUCUACUAUUGCCCUUGCCAGACUUUCCCAGAAAGGACCAAUCUCGUUGAAUUUUCCUGUCGCCUUUGAGAUGGUAGAUUUUCCAGGAAAAAAAAAUAAUGAUAAAAAUCCCGCAGUGAGUUUUAAGGUAUGAUUUGCUGGUCGGGCUGUUCCCAGAAUGAUGCUACUUCGGUGUACAUAGCUGUGAAGCAGCUUUGCAUAGGCGGGGUGUGUGAUUCAGUGCUUUUAAGUUAACUGUCCUUGCGGUGAAGCACCUUUAGUGUCUGGAAGGAGUUGGACAAUCAGUCGGGUGAGGGUUUUUUUCUACGUGAAGAGCAGUGUUGAAAUUGCUGACAGUACUCUGAAUGUGGCUCGAUAGUGACCGACCUCCUCAGCUCUAGGUUUUUGCUGUCUCUGGCAGGCUUUGCCACCGAUAGGAGCGCCGUGGCCUAGAAAUUCACGUUGAGUGCCACUGUGUCGGCAGCACUAAGCUGGCUGCACAUGUGCCUCAGACCCGAGGGCUGAUUCUCAGCUGAAGACGAGAGCCAUGCCAGGAUUAAUCUCUAGAGGGGAGCUACAGCCUGCUCUCGCAGCACAGUGAAGUUGGUCUGCCAGGAUUUGGCUGGGGUUUUGUUCAGCUGUUUUAGUAGGAACUGCGUACAUCUGCAAGAUGCAAACCUCUGCCACUGUUUUCUCUCUGGAUGCUUGGUGACCAGGCCUGAGCACUGAACUGAGGGAAAAAAAAACAAACAACAACAACAACAAAAAGCUUAUUUUUUUGGCCCUCCUGGCUAGAGGUGAGGAUGCUGAUCUCUGUCCUGUCACUGGGUCCAGUCCCUGGAUUCCCUCUGCAGGCUGUGGGAGUGUGGAACAGGGAAGUUUAGAAACUCCUUGGAGCAGAAGGAUUUUAUCCCUCACCAUCUGCCUUCAGCUUGACAGAAAAAGGCUUUGAAGCUCACCCUGGUGUCUCAGCGAGCUGCCGGUGGCUUGGCAUACGUUUCAGCCCUGUUAAAACCUGUGUUCCUUAACUCUAGAUCAGCACAGCUUCCUUCCUAAAGCUUCCAGAGCUGCUUAGCACACUGAACACCAGGGUUCGGGGGUGGCUGUGCUCCUCGGGGUGCCAGCUGUGUCCCCGGUGGGUACGGCAAAGGCAGCUGGGUGUGGGCGUCCUGGCACCAGCCGGCACGGCAACACCUCGGCGUGAAAACCAGCUGCCUGCGAAGGAGAAAUCUGCUCUGGGGAGGAAAAGGAUGAAAGACGGAGCCUCUGGAGACAGCAAAGCUUCGAGCAGCAUCUCUGUGCUGGGUCUUCCUCGGCUCUCAGGGCCGAGGGCGAACCCUCAGCUGGGUUUCUUUCCACCCGGCUGGAGGCGGAAGGGAAGCCACCGGCUCUUUUGCCUCUUUCUGCCGCUGGCGUGUGCGUGCGUGUGAGCGGUGGGAGAGAGAAAGUUCUUUGCGCUUCCACCUAUUUACUGUACGCAAGGAGAGCAACUGGUUUUAAGUCACGGGUCGGCCCCGAGCUGUUUUACUCCCGGCUUUGUCCCCGCUGGGCUCCAGCCCCACGUCGGGCCGGGUCCCGUAACCGCGUGCCUCCCUCCGGCCUAGGUGCGAGCUGCUGCGCCGCGCCCUGGCCGAGCGGCUGCGUGCUUGGUAGCGACGAUUUUAAUAAAGGAUGCUUCAAGACAAA